ACUCCAGGCCCCUCCGCUGCUAUGGCGAAAGCGGGCAGGAAGGGAUGCAGCUGCCCGGGCUUCCUGAGGAAAAACUGGCUGCUGCUCAGCACGGUGGCCGCCGUGCUGCUGGGUAUUGGAGUUGGCAUGCUGGUACGGGAAUACGGCAAGCUGUCUAACUUGGAUAAAUUCUACUUUUCCUUUCCUGGGGAGGUGCUGAUGAGAAUGCUCAAACUCAUCAUUCUGCCAUUAAUCAUAUCAAGUAUGAUCACAGGUGUUGCUGCUUUGGAUUCCAGUGUUUCUGGGAAGAUUGGUUUGCGAGCAGUCAUAUAUUAUUUCUGCACUACAGUCAUUGCUGUAAUACUAGGGAUUGUCUUAGUUGUGACUAUUAAACCUGGAGUGCCUCAAACAGCAGAUGAGAUUGACAGAGUGGGCAGCACCCCAGAAGUCAGUACUGUUGAUGCCAUGCUGGAUCUGAUCAGGAAUAUGUUCCCAGAAAACCUUGUCCAAGCCUGUUUUCAACAGUAUAAAACCAAACGUGAAAAAGUGGAAGCUACAACUGUUGUGGAUAAAAAUAGCUCCAUAUUAACAGAAGAAUCUGUUACAUCUGCUACGACACCAGAGGUUUCAGAGAACAAAACCCAAGAAUACAAGAUCGUGGGCUCGUAUUCUGAUGGCAUCAAUGUGCUUGGGUUGAUCGUCUUUUGUCUUGUUUUUGGAAUGGUUAUUGGGAAAAUGGGAGAGAAAGGCCAAGUGCUUGUGGAUUUUUUCAAUGCACUGAAUGAAGCUACAAUGAGAAUAGUUCAGAUAAUUAUGUGGUAUAUGCCAAUCGGUAUUGUGUUUUUAAUUGCUGGGAAGAUAAUAGAAGUUGAGGACUGGGAAAUCUUUCGUAAACUGGGUCUUUAUAUGGCUACAGUGUUAAGUGGCCUUGCAAUCCAUUCCACUGUAAUUCUGCCACUGAUCUACUUAAUAAUAGUAAGGAAAAAUCCUUUUCGUUUUGCCAUGGGGAUGGCUCAGGCACUUCUGACAGCCCUCAUGAUUUCUUCCAGUUCAGCAACUUUGCCUGUCACCUUCCGCUGUGCAGAAGAAAAAAACUUCAUUGAUAAAAGAAUUACCAGGUUUGUACUUCCAGUUGGAGCUACCAUCAACAUGGAUGGCACAGCUCUCUACGAAGCAGUAGCAGCUGUAUUUAUUGCACAACUGAAUGACUUGGAACUGGAUAUUGGCCAAAUAGUUACCAUUAGUGUCACAGCUACAGCAGCCAGCAUUGGAGCUGCUGGUGUCCCCCAAGCUGGACUAGUCACCAUGGUGAUUGUACUGAGUGCUGUUGGCCUGCCAGCCGAAGAUGUUACUCUGAUCAUUGCAGUUGACUGGCUUCUGGAUCGAUUCAGAACAAUGGUUAAUGUCUUGGGAGAUGCCUUUGGUACAGGGAUAGUGGAGAAGCUCUCUAAAAAGGAGCUGGAGCAGAUGGAUGUCAAUUCUGAAGUUAAUAUAGUCAACCCUUUUGCCUUGGAAACAACAACACUUGAUAAUGAUGAAACAGAGACCAAGAAAUCGUAUGUCAAUGGAGGCUUUGCUGUGGAUAAGUCUGACACCAUAUCCUUCACGCAGACAUCUCAGUUCUAAAGCCAGUAAGUAGCUUUCAGAUGAAACAGGAGCACUAAAGGACAUGGCCAUAUGCAUUCUUAAAAAGUUAAAGGGUAACUGAAAAUGAAUUACAUCUCACAUAUAUUUGAUUUACUGCA